AAGACAUUAAUAUUAAUCUUUUAUUAAAAUAUACUAAUGAAGAAAGAGUAAAACUUGGCCUUAAAAAACUUGUAUUAAAUAAUCAAUUAGUAGAAGCCGCAGAAGAAUAUGUUAAUUAUUUGGAUAGAAAAAAAAUUUAUGAUCAUAUUGAUGAUGCGCGUAAAAAAAUUCCUGGUAUAUAUUGGGUAGAAAAUCUAGGUCAUUCUUUUAAAAAUGAAAAAGAAGCAGUUCAAGGUUGGAUGACAUCAGAAGGGCAUAAAAGACAAAUUAUUAGUGAAGAUUAUAUUUAUUUUGGUGCCGCAUUCAAAAAUGAUAUUUGG